AUGGCACCUCUCGAAAAUGGCCAUGCGAACGGUUCCACUGAGACAAUUUCGCCCCCGAGCUCUUUGAACAACCUGCGCUUUGCCGACAUCCCCGAUGCCAUUGAUAUCCCCGCCUCCAGCUUUGACAGCGAAGUCGAAGUCAGCCUCCUUGAUCUUCCUGAAGACCCUACCGAAUUAUGCACCCUCCUAGAAAACGAACGAGCAGCGAAAAACUUCUGGGUCAUCAUCGCGCUUGCUUAUGCGAAGCGAAAGCAACUCGACCAUGCCCUCGACAUCCUCAACAAGGGCCUGGCAUCCGUGGCCCACGGAGCAACCAAAGAAAAGCUCGGGCUCCUGGGCUGGGUUUGUUGGCUUCUGAUGCUCAAGAGCCGACAAGCGCCUCGCGUGGCCCCGGAAGGAGAGCUUUACUCCCAAGCCAAGACCAAGGAUCACUACCUACAGCUGGCAACUUCAACCCUGAACGAGGCAUCACGUUUGAACCCGGCCUAUCCACCUUUGUUCCUCGCUCGCGGUGUCCUAUGUCUCCUCCGUGCCUCCCUAUACCCGCCCCGUGCUGUUCGUCCCGGUGCAAUUGAUACAUCUGAAAGGGUGGAAGCUUUACGUCAGGCAUUGAAAUGCUUCGACGAGUCAUCCAAGGCCUUCGGUGGCCGCAACAUCAUGGCGAUUUUGGGACGCGCUCGAGCACACUACAUGCUAGGAAGAUAUGCUGAAGCCUUAGAGGGGUACCAGAAAGUUCUCCAGAAGGUGCCAAACCUCACAGACCCAGAUCCUCGCAUCGGUUUGGGAUGUUGUUUAUGGCAGUUAGGAUUCAAGGACCAAGCCAAGGUGGCCUGGGAAAGAGCACUUGUUCAGAACCCCGAAUCCAAGGUCGCAAAUAUCCUGCUUGCUGUGUAUCACCUCUACGACAGCUCCCGCCGAUCGACUACUGAUCCCAAAUUCGGUUCCUUGUACAAGAUCGCCAUGACACAAUACACUCAAAAAGCCUUCAAGCUUGAUAAGGAAUAUCCUAUGACCUGUGCUUUGUUCGGCGGCUAUUUCCUCCUGCGCAAACAAUACCCGACGGUGGAAACUCUUGCCCGCAAGGCCAUCGAGCAGACGGAUGUCAUGCCAAUUGCCAGCGAUGGCUGGUAUCUUCUCGGACGCAAAGCUCACUAUGAGAACGAUAACACACGAGCCACCGAGUACUAUAACCGCUCAGACCAAGCCCGAGGUGGUGGUGAAAAGGGUUAUUUGCCAGCCAAGUUUGGUGCGGUGCAGAUGCAAGUCACAAACAAGGACUUUGAUGGUGCCAAAUUCCGCUUGGAGAAAAUCGUUCAGCAAUCUAAGAACGCAGAGGCCAUGACACUCCUGGCAGCGAUACACGCAGAAGAGGUGUUUGCUGCUCAGAAGGCAGGUAGCAAGGAUGACAAAUCGACUGAGGUCAAGCGGGCAAUCACCCUUUUGGAGGCUGUGCGAUCGAUGUGGAAGGAUGAAAAGCUCAACUUGACACCUGACGAAUCGGUUUUGGUCUACCUUUCUCGACUGUACGAGGGCAAUGCCCCCGACAAGAGUAUGCAAUGCCUCAUUCAGUUGGAGCAACUCCAGCUUUCCAGCAUUCCUCAGAGUGCUCGUCCGGAAGGAAUCGAAGACGAAGAAGAAAUGAAGAAUCUUCUACGCAACAGUCUUCCUCCACAACUACUCAACAACAUGGGUGCCUUUUUGUAUCAGAACGAGAAGAUUGCAUUGGCCCGUGGCAUGUUCCAGUCAGCACUCAAUGCCUGCGUCCAAUCACAAGAGAGGGAGGACAAGUCUGAUAACGAUGCCCUUGUUACUACUAUCAGUUAUAACCUGGGUCGGACUUACGAGGCGGCCGACAUGUGGGACGAAGCUAAAAAGGUCUACGAGGGUCUUUUGGAGCGACACAGCGAUUACACAGAAGCUAGUGCUCGACUGACUUACAUCAGUUUGCGCCAGAGUCCCACCGAUGAAGGUCCCAAGAAGAUGGCCAAGUUGUACGAGGUCGAAUCUUCGAACCUGGAGGUUCGCGCGCUCUUUGGCUGGUAUCUAAGCAAGUCUAAGAAGCGAGUUGCCAAUCUUGCCGAGGAUCACGAGCAGCGCCAUUACAAGCACACUCUGCAGUACCACGACAAGCAUGACCGAUACGCUUUGACUGGUAUGGGCAAUGUGCAUCUCCUCUCGGCCCGUGACAUGCGCCGAGACACUGAGCAGGAGAAGGAGAAACGCCGGAAGGUUUACCAGCGAGCCGUGGAAUUCUUCGAUAAGGCCUUGCAGCUGGAUCCUAAGAACGCUUACGCCGCGCAAGGUAUCGCCAUCGCUCUCGUCGACGACAAGAAGGACCACAGCACUGCCGUGCAGAUUCUCUCGAAGAUUCGAGAAACCUUGAAGGACCCCAGCGUUUAUCUCAACCUGGGACAUGUCUACGCUGAGCUACGACAGUACUCACGAUCGAUUGAGCAUUAUGAAACGGCUCUAUCUAAGGAUCGCUCUCGUGACGUACAGAUUCUCGCAUGCCUUGGCCGUGUAUGGUGGUUAAAGGGCAAGCAGGAGAUGAACCUUGUGGCUAUGAAGACCGCCCUUGAGUACGCGCAACGAGCACAGAGUGUUUCCCCUGAUCAGCUCCACUUGCAGUUCAAUGUGGCCUUUGUGCAAAAUCAGAUUGCCUCGUUGGCUUACAGUCUUCAGUCCACCCAAAAGACUUUGCAAGACGUUCAAGAUGCAGCUGACGGUCUCAAGGAGGCUAUUGAGACAUUUGAGCGCAUCUCAAAGGAGAAGAACCCGCCUUAUCCCAGCGCCGCUCUGGAGCAACGUGCAAACAUGGGUCGCACUAUCAGCAAGCAGCUUGACCGUGCCAUGCAAAGCCAAAAGGAAUACGAAGAGAAGAAUGCUGCCAAACUUCAGCAGGCUCGUGAGGCCCGUGAGGCCGCAGCUAAGGAACGCGAGGAGCAGGUCCGAAAGGCCCAGGAGAUUGAGGCUGAACGCAAGCGCAAGAUCGCCGAAGAACGCCAGGGAAUGGCCGAACAGGCCGAACGACAGGCCAUUCAGCGUGCCGAAGCAGACCGUGCUCGUGAAGAAGCCGAGCUCACCGACGAUUCGGCGACCGGCGAGAGAGUCAAGCGCAAUAAGAAGAAGUCUGCCGCCACGAAACGCAAGAAGAAGGGUGGUGACGACUUCAUCGCUGCCGAUGAUGAGAAUGAUCAGGAUCGCAGCGGCGCUGAGCCCGAGAGCGAAGGUGAAAACGCUGCCCCUAAGAAACGUCGCCGUUUGGAGCGUCGUUCGGGUGCCAAGGCCCAGACCAGUAAGAGCCAAAGCAAGUUCAAGAGCAAUGAACGGGUGGAGGACUCGGACGAGGAGGAUGAUGGAGAGGCACCGGGUACCCCUGGUGACGAAGAGAAGGAAGAUCUCUUCGGUGAUGGAGAUGAUGAGCCAAUGCAGGAUGAGGAAGUUGCAGCACCCCGUCGCCGUGAUCGAGCCUCUCGCCGCAUUGCCGAUGAUGACGAUGAGGAUGAGGAAGAGAAUGAAGAAGCGCCAGUGACAGUGCCGGAGCCGAUCGAAGACGACGAGAACGAGGAGUUGUUCGGCAAUGUGUCCUCCAAGGCCGCCGAAGAUGAAGAGAUGGAGGACUGA